UAAUGGAAAUACUUUAAGGAUUGGGUGGAUUGGCCACACUAAAUUGCCCAUAAUGUUCAAGGAUGUAUAGUCUAGGUUGAUAAACGAUGAGUAAUGCCAGAUUAUAAGGGUAGGAGUGGAGGAUGGGACGCACUUUGGAGGAUUGGUGGGCUGAAUGGCCUGCUUCCACACUGCAGUGAUUCUCUUCAAGUUCCCCUUUUGAAUGUUACUAUGAAAUCUCCUCCCUCAACCUUUGUAGUUAUUUUUACUGUGGAUAAAUUUGCAUUUUGCCCCAGCUACCAGAGGAAACAGUUUCUCCUGAUGCCCUUUCCAAAUAUCCUUUAUUCUUUUAACAUCCUAUUAGGUUUACCUUGUCACUGUCCAAAGCAAAAUAAUCUCAAUUUUCUUCAAUCUCUCUGCACGUCUGGAUUUCCUCAUCCCUGAUACAAUCCAAGAGAAACCUCCCUUGUACCUGUUUUAAAGCCUUGAUAUCCUUCCUAAAAUGUGGUCCCAGGACUGCAGUGAAUUGUACAAGGUUGAUGUGGUUUUGUGUUCAGUAGCCUUACUUAUGUCACCAAAUGCCCAUAAACUUUCCUAACUGCCUUGUUGACUUGCCUUGUAACUUCCAAGUUCUUAUGAGUAUCCACCCCACCAGCUCCGUGUCUUCCUUUCCCCUCCUUAAAAUAUUUACAUCAUAAUGCCCCUCCUUGUUGUUUGUUCCAAAAUAAUACCCUUCACACCCAUCUGCACUAAUUUUUAAUUCAUUCAUUCAUGGGAUGAGGGAGUCACUACUUGAGCAACAUUUAUUGCCCAGAGGGCAGUUCAGAGUCAGCUACAUUGCAGUGGGUCUGUAGUCACAUGGAGGCCAGACCAGAGCCUCCUCUGGAAAAUGGAAGCAGAGCAGCGGCCGGCCUCUAUUGGGUCUCUGUUUGUCCACGCUCUCCCUCAAAGCCACCUGAAGUACCUUUGCUACACCCGGCCUGGCCCUGAGAAGUUCAACCUGUGUGUUACAAAUGGUAUGGAUGUUUGGAGCACAGGUUUCAGUCCACAAAAACUUGAGGAACAUAAAUCCACACAUGGAGUGAAAACCUGUGAAGAAUACAACUCCAGAGCCAGGGAUGCUUUCGAGAAGUCUGCUGUCAGCCUCACAGUUCUUGACAACAUCGCCAUACUGAAACUUAACCAAGAUGACCAGGGACUAACCUUUGACCUCUACAAGCUGUCCAUUUCUGAGGCCAAGGCAGAGAUCCGGUCGGUCAUGUUUCACCUGGUGGAUCAAGUACAUCACUUGGAAGAUCAAAUCAAAGCCUCUGAGGAAAGCAACAUUUUCAAACUUGAUAAAACAAUGCAGAGGACGCAGAGGAUGUUUCUGGCAGAGUAUGAUUCCAGGAGGAAGGCAAAUGGACCUGAAUCUUCACCAGUGUCCAAGAAGAGGCUUGCAGGAGAGUCCCUGAUAAAUCCAGGCAGCAAGAGAACAAAGGCUCCCACUGGAGUGAGUUUUGAAGACAAUAUCCUCGAUGACAGUGAUGAGUGAAGCAUUUGAUUGGGUUCUACAUGGAUUUGCUGGGAAUAUUUAUCGGGGAAGUGUGGUUUUACCAUUAUUUAUUUCUUUUAGGCAAUGUUAGAUACAAACUUUAAAAAGGAAAUGCUGUCUCUGUUUGUUUAGCAAACAACAAAAAUACAAGCUAUUUUAUGUGGUGUUUUAAAAUUAAAGAUCGAAAGUAAAAAGAAAGGUACUCAGCGGAUCCCUACAGUGUAGAAGCAGGCCAUUUGGCCCACCAAGUCCACAACAACCCUCUGAAGAGCAUCCCACCCAGAUUCUUUGCUCCCCCCUAUCCCUGUAACCCUACAUUCCCCAUGGCUAACCCACCCAGCCUGCACAUCCAUGGACACUAUGGACAAUUUAGCAUGGCCAAUUUACCCUAACCUGAACAUCUGUGGGCUGUAGGAGGAAACCGGAGUACCCAGAGGAAACCCACGCAGGCACGGGGAGAAUGUGCAAACUCCGCACAGAUGCUGGCUCGAGGGUGGGAUUGAAGCCAGGUUUCUGGUGUUGUGAGGCAGUGGGGCUAACCACCGAGCUGCCCUCAAAUUACUCCACAACAGACAGUGCACUCUGUAUCUGGUAUAGUUCACACAAAGGGCUGUGAGUUUAGUGACAGUGUAAAAUGGAUAAAACAAAAUUUUUCACCCAUUAUGUAACUGAUCCUAUGGAACAUCAUCCACAAUUCAUCAACUGCAGUCCACUGAGAAAGGUUUGCAUUCUUGCUCCUUUCAUGACCUCAGGAUGUCCCAAAGAGCUGAAAGUGCUAAUUUAAGUGUGGGCUGCCUUUCUGUCCUAUCUGUUCUCCUGUCCUCACUGCUGAGGAUUGGGCCAUCAACAUCUGUUGGCUGUAGAUACCCCUACUGUGGCCAACUCGAGCAGGUUACCUGGCACUUGAACCUGGAGGUAGGGACACUACCCGCUACAAUGCAACACUACCCCUCAAUGUAAUGAGAUAACAAGGUGUAGAGCUGGAUGAACACAGCAGGCCAAGCUGCAUCAGAGGAGCAAGAAGGCUGACAUUUCGGGCCUGAAGACCCAACAAAGAGAAACCUAAUAACAAUUGUGACACCCGUGAUGGGGUAACAUUGACUAGAACAUGAGGAGACCUACUGUUAAUAGAGCCAGGGAAUGUUUUAUAUCUACCUGAGAGGGUAGGCACAGUCUGAUUUUCAGGCUUAUUGAAAGGCAACAUUUCCUCAGUACUGUACUGAAGUGUCAGCCUGGCUCCUGCAAGCAAGAAGCAGCAGUGAUGAAGAGGCCCGACAUCUGAACAAGGAAUAGUUGAGCACAGGCCUAUCAAGACUGCACUGUUGUGACACUUUCUAAACUAAAAACCUUUUACCUCAAUGCAGUCUGUAUCCUACUAUUCCCUGCCUAGUCAUCCAUCUGUCAAGAUGACUGGUAAAUGCAGCUAUUGUAUCUGUCUCCACCACCUCCUCUGGCAGUGCAUUCCAGGCAAAUACCAUAUUGUGGAAAAACAAAAUUGCUUCUCACAUCAUCCUUAAACUUUCUCCCCUUUAAGCUUAAACCUGUGUUCCCCCAGUAAUUAACAUUUCUACCUUAAGAGAAAGACUUCAACUAUUUAUUGUAUGCAUGCAUCUCAAUAUUGUAAACUUCUGUCACGUCACCGCUUAUGCUUUGGAGCUCAAGUGAAAACAAGCCAAGGUCAUAGCAAAGAUCUGUAGCUCGGGUUGUGGGUGAGGUUGUUGACUUGCUCACCGAGCUGGGCUUGUUCUUCUUCAGAUGUUUUGUCACCAUGCUAGGUAACAUCAUCAGUGAGGCCUCUGAUGAAGCGACGUUGUUCUACUUCACUUGAAAUUUAUGCUGUUUGAUUGUUAUGGUGAGCAUGUGUCAUUUCUGGUUUUGUUCUGUAUGGGUUUGUAUGUUGGGUCCAAUUCUAUAU